AUGAUAUCAAAUAUUUAAAUAAUCCAAUUUCAUUUUCAGUAACGCCGUAGCAAGAUCGAAGGGUGGUAAAAUGCCCGGUCAACCAAUAAAGCUAUAUUACCUUCCACCAUCACCACCAUGCAGAGCGGUGAUGAUGACCGCGAGGGCUCUAGGGCUAGAACUCGAUCUGAUACUCACUAACAUUAUGGAGGGUCAACAUAAGACACCUGAAUUCACAAAGUUAAAUCCUCAACAAACUAUACCAACGAUGGAUGACAGCGGAUUCAUUCUCUGGGAAAGUCGAGCAAUUAUGGCUUAUAUGGUAAAUGCAUAUGGUCGAGAUGACUCCUUAUACCCAAAAAAUCCCAGGCAAAGGGCACUUGUUGAUCAGCGACUACAUUUUGACCUUGGAACUUUGGUUCCAAGAUAUAUUACUUUAUAUGCUCCGAUGCUUUUCCAUGGAGCGGCCUAUAACGACGAAGCAGCAGAUAAAUUAAAUGAUGCUCUUAAAAUACUAAAUAUAAUCCUAGAGGGCCGAGUCUUUGCUGCCGGUGACAAUUUAACUCUUGCAGAUAUUUCUAUAGUGGUGACCAUCAGUAAUUUAGAGGCUCUCAAAUUUGAUUAUAGUGCGCACGAAAACAUAGUAAAAUGGUUCGAUCGCACAAAAAAAGCUUUAGAACCCUAUGGCUAUGAAGAAAUCGACAAAUCUGGAGCACAGCAAUUAGCAGCAUUUUUGAAGAAAUCAUAAAUUCAACAAAGCAUAUUGUAAAUUGUUUCAGUUGAUUCACGAAUAAAUCA